GGGGCUGGGCCCAGCGAGGUGACAGCCGCGUUUGGACGCAGAGCCCGGCCCGACGCCGCCAUGAGCGCCGCGCUCUUCAGCCUGGACGGCCCGGCGCGCGGCGCGCCCUGGCCUGCGGAGCCUGCGCCCUUCUACGAACUGGGCCGAGCGGGCAAGCCGGGCCGCGGGGCCGAGCCGGCGGCCCUAGGCGAGCCAGGCGCCGCCGCCCCCGCCAUGUACGACGACGAGAGCGCCAUCGACUUCAGCGCCUACAUCGACUCCAUGGCCGCCGUGCCAACCCUGGAGCUGUGCCACGACGAGCUCUUCGCAGACCUCUUCAACAGCAAUCACAAGGCGGCCGGCGCGGGGCCCCUAGAGCUUCUUCCCGGCGGCGCCGCGCGCCCCUUGGGCCCGGGCCCUGCCGCUCCGCGCCCGCUCAAGCGCGAGCCCGACUGGGGCGACGGCGACGCGCCCGGUUCGCUGUUGCCCGCGCAGGUGGCCGCGUGCGCACAGACCGUGGUGAGCCUGGCGGCCGCAGGGCAGCCCACCCCGCCCACGUCGCCGGAGCCGCCGCGCAGCAGCCCCGGGCCGACCCCCGCGCCCGGCCCCGCCCGGGAGAAGAGCGCCGGCAAGAGGGGCCCGGACCGCGGCAGCCCCGAGUACCGGCAGCGGCGCGAGCGCAACAAUAUCGCCGUGCGCAAGAGCCGCGACAAGGCCAAGCGGCGCAACCAGGAGAUGCAGCAGAAGCUGGUGGAGCUGUCGGCCGAGAACGAGAAGCUGCACCAGCGCGUGGAGCAGCUCACGCGGGACCUGGCCGGCCUCAGGCAGUUCUUCAAGCAGCUGCCCAGCCCGCCCUUCCUGCCGGCUACCGGGACAGCAGACUGCCGGUAACGCGCGGCCGGGGCGGGAGAGACUCAGCAACGACCGAUACCUCAGACCCGAAGGCCCAGAGCGGAGCGCGCCCUGCCCUGGCGCAGCCAGAGCCGCCGGGUGCCCGCUGCAGUUUCUUGGGACAUAGGAGCGCAAAGAAACUACAGCCUGGACUUACCACCACUGAACUGCGAGAGAAGCUAAACGUGUUUAUUUUCCCUUAAAUUAUUUUUGUAAUGGUAGCUUUUUCUACAUCUUACUCCUGUUGAUGCAGCUAAGGUACAUUUGUAAAAAGAAAAAACAGACUUUUCAGACAAACCCUUUGUAUUGUAGAUAAGAGGAAAAGACUGAGCAUGCUCACUUUUUUAUAUUAAUUUUUACAGUAUUCGUAAGAAUAAAGCAGCAUUUGAAAUCGC